AUGAAUUUUGGUCCAACCUUGAACCCUACCUUUGACUCUUCACCAGAUGGUGGUGAUGUUGAAAUUGACGCAACACCAUCACGUGACAUGGAUGUUCUCAUGCCGGAUGCAAAUCCAUUUGGUGAUAAUUCUGAAGCCUGGGAAUACAUCUUAAAACUUAAGGAUGUAUUUCUGGUUGAAUUGUCUAUUGUUAAAGAAGACUUGAGUAUUACAAUUGAAGAUUGGGAAAUAAAAUUUCAAAAUCUUGAACUUAAAAACAAUGAGUUAGCUAAACAACUCAUUGCUUUGACCGAAAAGCUUAAAGCUUCAGAAGGACAAGUGAAUUCUCUUCGCUCAGAACUUGAUGUUUUAAGAAACAAUCAGGUUCACACAGAAGUUAAACAUGUGAUGUUUGAAAAACUCAAAAAGGAAGUUAAGGAUAAUAAGGAUCAUUGCGAUAAAGUGAAACAUAAAGCUGAUGAAAUAGCUAAGAUGACUCUUCAAGAUUUAGUUGAUAAUAUGGAAUACAAAGUUGGAACUAUUUCAACUAAGGCUGAUUUAACUACCAAAGAACUUAGCUACGCAAAAAAGGAAAUCAAGAGUGCGGUAAGAAAAGUCGACACUUUGCCUUUUGCUUUGACCCCUAAAACUCCAAAUGGAGCAACUCCAAAGUUGAAAGACAUUAUGAAGGCUCAAAAACAACACCGUGAAACUAAAGUUGAUGAAGACAAACCCACUUUUAGAGUGUGCAUAAGAAUUCCAGAUACCAUGAAAAGAGUUAAUAUCCCUGCGAUUGGAAAGAAAAUUGAUGCGGUUGCACAAAAGCCGGUGGCUCAGGAAAUAGGCUAUACUGUCAAAGGGCAUUUAUAUGUUCAACUUAAUGACAAAGAUUUUGCUGAUAAAGCUGCAGAAUGGAUCCCCAAAGUUGACCCUACUUAUUCAGUGCUUGACACAGAUUCUUGGUACAAGGCUGUACUUCAGGAAAUACCUAAUACGGCAUCGAUUGAAGACUUGAAAGAAACUCUCUACAAUUUUAAUGAUUACCAUAUUGUUUUGAAUACCGAACCCAAAAUCAUUAGCAGAAACCAAUUUACCCAAACAGCAUUGGUUUCAUUCAGAAAUGCCCAAGACUAUGCAAAGUGUGCUGAUAAUCUUAUUAUCCAGUACACAAAAGUUAAAGUUAGACCUUUUAUUAGCAGGAAAAAAACUCCUGAAGAACUCCAAGCUAUGCGUAAUAAGAUACGAUUAUUGAAAAAUGAAUCAGACAAAAAGGAUAAUGAGGCCCAUCCUGUUUCCACUGACGACUCACAAGAUGAACCGAUGAAAGAAACAAAUAUUGAAGAACUAGAUGAAUCCAAUGAGGAAGAAAACGAAAACAAUUCUAUUACAUCCAAUGAAUUAUAA